AGAACUUUCCCUUUAUCCAAAUAACUGCCGAAAAGCAUUUUCCGAAGCUCAUCCCUCUCGCCCAGAACGGCGUCGUACGGUGCUCGCUUGUUCUAUGGAUCCUUCCUAAAAGAUCGAGCUUCGAGAUCCGAACAAUCUAAGAUAUUUUCGAUUCUGGGUCUUUCUCUUUCCUGCUCGUGUCGGGGAUUUCGCAGCAGUUGGGACGGAUGUCGUCGCCGGACAUUGCCGGAAUCCUGGACAACACGAAGGAGCUCGAUCGGUUACGGAAAGAACAAGAGGAAGUGCUUGUGGAGAUCAAUAAGAUGCAUAAGAAGCUCCAAGCUACUCCUGAGAUAGUGGAGAAGCCUGGUGAUACUUCACUGUCAAAGCUUAAAAAUCUGUACAUUCAGGCUAAAGAGCUUUCGGAAACUGAAGUAACAGUUUCGAACAUUCUGCUUAGUCAGUUGGAUGCCCUGCUUCCGUCUGGACCAACUGGACAGCACCGCAGAAAAUUAGUGGCAGAAGGCGCCGAUCAGAAGAGAAAGAGGAUGAAAGUUGAUUCGGAUGUAACAAGACUCUCUCCUUCCAUGAGAAACCAAAUCGAGGCAUAUGCCAGUCUAAAGGGUGAACAGGUAGCUGCAAGGGUCACAGCAGAAAAUGCCGAGAAGGAUGAGUGGUUUGUGGUAAAAGUAAUUCAUUUCGAUAGAGAAACGAAAGAAGUUGAAGUACUUGAUGAAGAACCAGGGGAUGAUGAAGAUGGAGGCGGGCAGAGGACAUACAAGCUACCGAUGUCAUGUAUCUUGCCAUUCCCCAAACGCAAUGACCCUUCUAGCACCCAAGAGUUUCCUUCGGGGAAACAAGUCUUGGCUGUAUAUCCUGGAACAACUGCCCUCUAUAAGGCAACUGUCAUAAGUACCCCGAGAAAGAGGAAGUCCGAUGAGUACUUGCUUGAAUUCGACGACGACGAGGAAGAUGGAGCACUGCCUCAAAGAACAGUGCCCUUCCACAAGGUGGUGGCUCUACCAGAAGGUCAUCGCCAGUAACAAAAGCUGUCUGUCCACGACUCAAACUCCCAAAAAAAAAGACAGGAAAAAAGAGAAAGUCAUGAGAUUUAUCUCAGCUUUGUCUGAACUGAAAGUCGCCAUUGGAGGAUCUUCCAAGGACUUUGGGGGGCGAUGUAUUGAGAUAUAGGUUCUAGCGAAUGUGUAUGAUUCAGUCUAACAAACUCGGAAUGAGCAAGAGUUAAAGUUCUUGCCUUUGUGUCCAAGUAGAUGAGGAUGUUAUGUUAGACUUCGGAAUGUGUCUGUAUCAAAACAAACGGAAGCUCAUUUGUAUUCACUUGCCAUAAUUUACUGAAUUCCCACUUGGUAUA